AUUGUACUUCAACAUGAGUUCUUGCUCAUUUCUCAUUGCAGUUUUCCGAAGUGCCAGAAACGUUUAGUUCUCGCCUUGCUUGUGCAGUACAGUGUAGUGGGCGUACUGCUCUGACCUUCAGUUCAGGCGCUGUGCGUCGUGAACCAGUAACAAUGGGCUCCAUCGCGAGCUGCGUCGCUGGUCAGGAUGGUCUGAAACGUUUAGAUGGUGGUGAUGACUUUGCGGUGUCGGGAUCAUGUAUAUGCUUGGGGGAAGACGAUAGUGCGAGCCCGGUCACGAUCGAGUUUAAUCCGGCAAAGAGCUAUGCAUUAUGUGUUGGAACGCAGGAUUCCUCUGCUUCCUUUGCGGCUGGUGCUGUGGAGAUGAAAACGGUACUCUCAAGCAAGUUGGGUAUCCCGGAAUCUAACAUCGCUGUGCUGACGGACGGAAAUGCCACAGCCAAGAAUGUAGAGAAACGCUAUUCCGUGCAAGCCAAGAAGGUCGAGAAGGACGGACUUUUAUUCUUCUCCUUUAGUGGCCAUGGAGGUGAAUUUCCGAAGAGCAGUGGUAGCCCGAACGACAAGGAGUUUGCUUUAGUAGACUCUGACAAAAAACCUAUAGUCGCAUCCAGCUUAAGGAGUUCUUGCCCUAAACUGGUGUGGUCGUAA